AUGGCGUCAAAGCGGCCGUUUUGUUGGAUUCUGAUAGGGAUUGCGCUCUUAAUCAAUGUGGCUCACUGUGAAGAAGUAAUAAUUUUAAUUUGUAAUUUUUGCUUUGUCUUAAUUUGAGAAGGGGGGGGGGUGAUACUAACAAAAUUUUGCAAAAAAUUGAACAGGUGUGUUUCAAAAUAUAUAUAUAUAUUUUUUUUAAUUUUAAAGUUUUUUUCAAGAAUUUCGACUACUUUCAGGCUAAUGAAACAAUUACGGAUAUCCCACCCACUACUGUUGCAGCUACUACUGUUGAAGCUACUACAACCAUUGUAACUACUACUGUCUCAACCACUGCUGCAGCUAGUCCGACUAAUACUGAUAGCCCAACUGAUGUAACUAGUCAAAAUUUCACUACAAAUGAACCGAUUACUACGACCAGUCCAACCACAACUUCUAGUCCAACCACUACGACUACUCCAACUACUACAACUCUCUUACCCACUACUACUAAGACAGACCCAACUACUGAAGAAGCUGGAACAACAGAAAGUAGUGAGGAUUCAAGUGAUUCGUCUGGUGAAGAUUCUAGUCCAGGUGAUUCAGGUAAUGGUACCGAGUCGGAUUCGGGAGAUUCUGAAGCUGAUGGUAAAAAGAAGAAGAAAAAGGAGGAGGGUUCUGGAAGUAAGUCAAUAUAUUUAAAAUUGAAUUUUAAUUUUGGUUUUUUUUAAAAUUAAAAUGUUUUUUCUAAAAUAAAAUGGCAUUUUCAAUCGUUUUUGCCUAAAAUACUACCUAAAAUAACGUUUUCAAACGAGCUUUUGCCUUAAAAAAGGCAUUUCUAUGUAGUUUUGGACCAGGGAUUUAAGUUUUUAUGAGUUUUUAAAUAAAAAAUUACGUCUUGUCGGCAGUAAAAUGGCAUUUUCAACCCAGCUUUAUCUAAAAUAAGGUAUAGUAUUCAACUUUUUGCCAAAAUAAAGUGAUUUCUAUGAAGUUUUUGACCGGAAAAUUUAGAAUUUUAUAUAAUUUUUAAUGUCGAAAAAGCUGUAAACUUAAAAUAUUUUAUUUUGUCUAAAAUAAAGUGGCACUUUGAGCUUUUUUUGUCCAAAAAUAACGUUUUUUAUCGAGUUUUUAGGUAAUAAACGGCUUUUUAUGAAGUUUUUGACCAGCAAUUUUAGUUUUUUUUUUAAAUUUUUAAUAAACAAAAUGUUGUAGAUUUUAAAUUUUAUGUUUUCAGCUAUGAAAGUGGUGGCAGGACUGGCAGGAAUCGAGCUUUUGGUGGCUUCGGCCUUCUUGACCGUGAUCUCAGUCCUCAUCUUGUCCAAGUCGAUUUGUGCUGGAUAA